AUGGAAGAAAAGAAUUCAAAAUUACAAGUUCAACCCCCAAAUAAGGGGAAUCUCAUAGCAAUUCUUAGUAUUGAUGGUGGAGGUAUAAAAGGAAUCAUCCCUAGUGUUAUUCUUGCUUACCUAGAAUCCCAGCUUCAGGAGCUAGAUGGUGAAGAUGCAAGGCUUGCAGAUUACUUUGAUGUAAUAGCAGGAACAAGUACCGGUGGUCUCGUGACCGGCAUGCUAACUGCACCAAAUGAAAAUAAUAGACCUUUAUAUGCUGCAAAAGACUUGGUCCCUUUUUACCUCGAGAACUGCCCAAAAAUUUUUCCGCAGACCAAGGGACCAUUGGAAGCAUUGAUGGGCACAUUUAAAGCUCUACAAGGACCUAUGUAUGAUGGGAAGUAUCUUCAUAGUCUUGUAGAGGGCCAAUUGGGGAAGACAAGGUUGCAUGAUACUCUCACCAAUGUUGUCAUUACGAGUUUUGACAUCAAGAAACUUCAACCUACUAUCUUUAGCUCGUUUAAGGCGCCCAAGGACUCUGCAAUGGAUGCCUUACUAUCGGACAUAUGCAUUAGUACUUCAGCGGCACCUUUAUUUUUUCCUUCCCACCAAUUUGAGAACCAAGGAGAAGAAUUCAAUCUUAUAGAUGGUGGUGUAGCAGCUAAUAACCCGACAUUGAUUGCCAUUUCGGAAGUGACAAGAGAAACAAUCAAGAAAAGUCCCGAUUUCUUCCCUAUUAAGCCAUUGGAUUAUGGACGUUUUCUUGUGAUAUCACUAGGGACGGGUGAUGCAAAGAAUGAAGGGCAGUACGAUGCGAAAAAGGCAGCCAAGUGGGGGUUUUUGGAAUGGCUUUCUCUCAACAAUUCUACUCCUCUUUUAAAUGUUUUUUACCAAGCAAAUGCAGAUAUGGUUGAUUUUCACAAUUGCGUUGUUUUUCAAGCACUUCAUUCGCAAGAAAACUACCUCCGCAUCCAAGUCGAUACCUUGCCCGGGGAGUUAGCCAGUAUGCAUAGAGCAACAGAAAAGAACUUGAAAGAUCUGGUAAAAGUGGGCGAAGGGCUGUUGAAAAAACCGGUUUCAAGGAUGAAUUUUGAGAAUGGUGUUGUUGAACCGGUCGAGAAUGGAGGAACCAAUACGGAAGCACUCAAAAGGUUUGCUAAAUUACUUUCAGAAGAAAGAAAACUCCGGAGCUGGAAAUUCCGCUUUCGAAGUCUCCAGAAGGUUUCUGCGAUGCACCGUGUGGGAAGUGCAGGGAACACAUCUAAUUCAGUUCGUUCUCGCAAGGAAAAGAAGUUCACAUAUGUGUUGAACGAUUCAGAUGACACAAAGCACUGCGCUGGCAUAAAUUGCUUGGCUGUGUUGAAGUUAUCCGGACCAGGUGGGCCUGAUUUUCUCUUCACUGGGAGUCGUGAUGGCACAUUAAAGAGAUGGGCCUUGGGUGAAGAUGUUGCUACCUGCUCUGCUACAUUCGAGUCUCAUGUUGAUUGGGUCAAUGAUUCUGUUCUUACUGGUGGUAACACAUUAGUUUCUUGCUCCUCGGACACCACUGUUAAGAUUUGGAAUUGCUUGUCGGAUGGAACAUGUACCAGAACCUUGCGUCAGCACUCUGACUAUGUCACUUGCCUUGCCGCAGCAGAAAACAACAGCAAUAUUGUUGCCUCUGGUGGCCUAGGUGGGGAAGUAUUCAUAUGGGAUCUUGAAGCUGCACUUGCUCCCCUGUCCAAGUCAAAUGAUGCAGCUGAAGAUGGUGGUGCAGCAAGUGUCAAUGGUUUAGGAUCUUCGUUAAAUACGAGCAUGCGUCCUAUUGGUUCAAGUAAUAACAUUUCUCUGCAUACUACUCAAUCUCAAGUAUACACUCCUAUUUCUGCAAAAGGCCAUAAAGAGUCAGUUUAUGCAUUGGCCACGAAUGACCGGGGAACACUUCUUGUCUCUGGUGGAACUGAGAAGGUAGUGCGUGUCUGGGACCCAAGAACCGGUUCUAAGAACAUGAAGCUCAGAGGGCACACCGAUAAUAUUCGGACACUGCUUUUGGAUUCUAGUGGAAGAUUUUGCUUAUCUGGGUCCUCUGAUUCUAUGAUCAGACUUUGGGAUCUUGGUCAGCAGCGUUGUGUGCAUUCCUAUGCCGUGCACACAGAUUCUGUAUGGGCACUUGCUAGCACACCGACAUUUAGUCACGUAUAUAGUGGUGGAAGAGACAGUUCUUUAUAUUUGACAGACUUGGAAACGAGAGAGAGUGUAUUACUUUGCACAAAGGAGCAUCCCAUUUCGCGAUUGGCAUUGCAUGAUGACAGUAUAUGGGUUGCUACAACAGAUUCUUCUGUAGACAGAUGGCCAUCUGAAGCACAUAAUCCUCUGAAAGUUUUCCAAAGAGGCGGUUCAUUCUUGGCUGGAAACUUGUCAUUUUCAAGGGCAAGGGUUUCAUUGGAAGGUUCUGCACCAGUUCCUGUUUAUAGAGAACCGUCUUUUAGCAUUCCUGGAACUCCAGCGUUGGUGCAGCAUGAGAUUUUAAAUAAUAGAAGACAUGUACUGACUAAGGAUACUACUGGCUCUGUGAAAUUAUGGGAAAUUACAAAUGGUAUGGUGAUUGAAAACUAUGGAAAGGUUUCAUUUGAUAAGAAGAAAGAAGAAUUGUUUGAGAUGGUAAGCAUCCCUGCAUGGUAUACCAUAGAUACUAGGCUCGGGAGUUUGUCAGUGCACUUAGAAACCCCACAAUGCUUCUCUGCUGAGAUGUAUUCUACCGACCUUAACAUUGCGGGGAAACCUGAGGAUGACAAGGUUAACUUGGCACGAGAAACCCUUAAAGGGCUGUUGUCUCAUUGGUUAAUCAAAAGAAGGCAGAGAUUUGGAUCUCAAGCUUCAGCAAAUGGAGAAAUCCCAUCUGGGAAGGAUAUGUCUACAAGGACGUUAGCCUUGUCUCGAAUUGAGGGGGAUAGUAAUUCUGAAAAUGACCAUGUUGUCUAUCCGCCAUUUGAAUUUUCAGCUGCUUCCCCUCCAUCCAUCGUUACCGAGGGCUCUCAAGGAGGCCCAUGGAGAAAGAAAAUUACUGACCUAGAUGGAACUGAAGACGAGAAAGACUUUCCAUGGUGGGUUCUGGAUUGUGUGUUGAAUAAUCGCUUGCCUCCCAGGGAAAAUACCAAAUGUAGCUUCUAUUUGCACCCAUGUGAAGGUUCCACAGCACAAAUUCUCACACAAGGAAAACUUAGUGCUCCUCGCAUUUUGAGAAUACAUAAAGUUGUCAAUUAUGUGAUAGAAAAAAUGGUUCUUGAUAAGCCAUUGGAUAGUAUGAAUGCGGAUGGCACUUUUAACCCUGGGAUGCCUGGAAGUCAGAUUUCACUUCCAGCUGUUGGAGGAGAUGGGUCUUUCUGGUCUGGAUUGAAGCCUCGACAAAAACUGAAGCCUUGUAUAGAGAUCUUGUGUAACAACCAGGUCUUACCCCCUGACAUGAGCUUAGCCACUGUUAGGGCUUACAUAUGGAAGAAACCUGAAGACCUUAUCCUUAACUACAGAGUGGUGCUCGGAAGAGGUGUCAAUCUGGAACCGGACCAAAGAUCUCGUGGGUAUCUGCUUACAAUUUUAUGGGUUGGUAACAUUGGCUCACUAAUUUCCACUGGAUAUGUUGGGGUACUGGCAUGGUUUCUCAAGCUCUCUGGAAAUGUGGCAACUUCUGCACCUUAUAAUCAGCUAGACUUGCACGAGGACAUCAGUAAUACAACUCAGGAGAAAUCAUGCUACUACAAUGCCGAUGUUAAGAUGGUGCUAAACAGAGUCAAUACUUUCACAAACAUAACCUACAAGGAUGAUCCUACUAUUUUUGCUUGGGAACUGAUGAAUGAGCCACAGUGUGGAUCAGAUCCCUCCGGCAAUAAAUUGCAGAGCUUCUCUUCCAAGCCCGUGUUUACCGAACCCUCCAUUAUUGUGUUCAUUGACACGACAUCUUUAUUAUCCAAUUGCGAAAAUACAGAGCAUGCAGUUCUAAUGCAUCCACAUUGGGCAAUACGUGUGAACCAAAGCAUUCUAAACUGGGAUAGAAGCAGCAAAACUGCCUUUCUUGAUGUAGCCAUGAAUUUGCUUCCCGGAUUUCAACUCACGUGCUGGCAAAAUGGUGGAAAAUGUGGUUCAAUCACCCUCAACUCCCAGGCUUCAAUUUUCUUGGUAACACUUCAAGCCAAAUUUCCCACCACUCUAUCACCAUAA